GCAUGUGUUCCGCCCGUCUCGCCGUCCAUUCCGAGUGACAAAAAACCCGAGUCACAGAGACAAUCUCUUCGCCGUUUUCUGGCACAUGUGCGCCGGCCACGCAACGUGCCACGUAUUUUUCGUUUUCCAGUGUCAGUUUACGCAAGAGUUGGACUAAGACCAGGGGGCAUCCAGUACAGUCGACUUCGCGUGGCUUUCUGCUCUCACAGGCGCCGACACGGUGUGGUUUCGCCUGCUUGCUUAGGGGAAGUCGAGCAUUGCACUGGCGUUUCCGAAUUAGAAUGUUUCUCACAGUGUGGUGGGCAAGAAGCGUGGUUUAGAUGCUUGUUGUGGCGGCAGCGAAGUGAAACCUGACUACAAUUUCCGCGGCUCACGCCGCCCGUGUCUCGUUGCCCUGUCGUAUCCGCCUGUGUCCAGUUGAAGGCAUUUUCCCGUUUUUUUUCAACACAAGUUAAGGAAAGGAGAGCCUGCCGCACCAGAGGUGCGUUUUUGAGAUCUCUGUGCACAUGGAGUUCGGCCUGUUACCCUCUCGUUCGCAGUCCACACCCGCAGCACGCGGGUCUUGCCCCCUGGCGGCUCUGUCCGAGAGUUGCGAGCCACCGGUUUUCGACACCGGUUUUCUGGGACCUUGGCUCUAAGAAUUUUGUGCAUAUCUCGUGACCACAUUCGAGUGUCGGGCAGGAGAGCCACCGGGGGUCCGUGUUCCUAGGCUGAUCUGUGUACCAGCGCGCGACAUGCUUCAGCCCUGCAAACAAGCGUGAAAAGACAUCUCGAAAAACCCGCGCUCGUGUCAACGGCACAAACACUCAGAGCUUCGUUCCCCAAUCUUCAUCGCAGACAAAACUGUUUUGCCUCUGGGGCGUGUAGACAGCCCACACACGCUGCGUGUGCAUCUUGUGCCUGGACUGCUAACCGCUUCUGUGUCGGCAGAAAUACACGAAGGAGAAGCAGAGAGUUCUUUCAGUCUUUACCCGAGCUCUGCUUCACUCGGUCACGACUGGGGACAACGGGUCCAUUCCCUCAGUUCCCUGCCGCGUGAACCUGCGUGUGUGUUCGGCGACCCGCGCGCCGCGGUAGAGUUCUCGGCGACUUCUGUGCGCGGCCUCGUGACACCGACCUCUUUUUUGUCGGCUUAUCUCCCGUACCACAGCUGUGUCCGGCCUCUACCGAUGCUUGGGAAGGCCCCAAGUCGUUUUUCGACGGAGAGUUCCAUCCAUCUGAACGCACCCAGCCUAUAGAGUGUCGUUUCGCGGCCACUGCCGCCUCUGCCUUUCGCUCACUAUGGAGCAUUCUUUCCAUCUUUAGCGCGCGGGCGAGUCUUGAAUCCCACAUGCGCUCAAAUCGUUUGUGUGUGUGGGACGGACGACUCGCAAGCCGGCACCGCGGUGAACAGAUCCGACGCGCGACCCUCUCAAGCGUCUCCCCGUCUUGCCUCCGCUUUUCUCCGCGGGGUCGAGGAAGAUUGCGAGACCCGCCUCACGUACGACUCUGCAGACUUGGAGAUACGUGCCUGCGCAUCUCUCCGCAAAGAUACAAACAUGACACGACAGCAAGCAGUCGCGAAGAUCGGCGCCCACGCGCCGGCCACAGAAGCUGGGGACUCCGCGUCGCCUGGUGUCUCAACUCAGAAAGCGGGGAGGGCUCGCGACCCUGCCCAGACAAAGCGACAGGCUGCGGCUUCCGCCGAGAGUGAGGCGGGACCGGGAGGUCGCGAAGACAGUGCAGGUUCCGAGAAACUCGGCGUCAAGCGCGACCUCGAAGCUGUCCCCUCGCCUGCCGCGCAUGCAGACUCUCUGUGCACGGUCUAUUCGCCGUCGUUGGACAGCAACGGAGAGCAGGCGACGCAGAGCUCCGACCACUCCCUCACUUCCCAGAGAGGAUCGCCUGAGUCGCGCGAGACGGACGGACAACUCGGCCGCGAAGGACCAGAUGCGUGCGAAGCUGGAGCAGUGUCGAGAGGAAACGAAGUUCUCCACGAUGAGGACGAGUGCAGAGCUCGUCGGUUGCGCCGGACAGCCUCUGUGUCGAGUGGGUCCAGUGGCUGUGCGCUUUUUUCCGACGAAGCAACCGAAGGCGAAGAAGAAGAUGUCUUGGCCGCCUUCGUCAGGCGAAUGGGUGGCACUCACGUCAUUCGCCGCAUCCUCAUUGCCAACAACGGGACUGCCGCUGUUAGGUGCAUUCGAAGCAUGCGUCACUGGGCGUAUGAGGCGCUCGGGAACAGCAAGGCCCUCGAAUUUGUCGUGAUGGCCACUGCAGCGGACAUCGACGCCAACGCUGAAUUUAUUGCUGAAGCAGACUUCUACGUCGAAGUGCCUCCCGGGCCGAACUCGAACAACUACGCCAAUCUGCAUCUCAUUGUACAGACAGCCGAGACGUACGAGUGCGACGCCGUGUGGCCAGGCUGGGGGCAUGCGUCGGAAAAUCACCGCCUACCUGCGAUUUUGCAGACGCUGAAGAGGAAAACGAUUUGGAUUGGACCCAGCCCGCAAGCGAUGCUCGCGCUGGGCGACAAGAUCGGAUCUGCCGUCAUCGCUCAGUCCGUCAACGUGCCUUGUGUGCCCUGGUCAGGCAUGGACGUCACUGUGGACCUGAGUCAAGUCGACCCCACCAAAGGCCUGUCGCAGCAGACACUCGCAGCUGCAUGCGUGCAGUCGGCCAAGGAUGUCUUGGACUGUUGCGCGAAAAUUGGAUAUCCCGUGAUGAUUAAGGCGAGUGAAGGAGGAGGCGGCAAAGGCAUUCGUCGAGUCACGAACGCAGAGGAGGUCGCCGACGCGUAUCGCCAGGUGGUCAACGAAGUCAAAGGUUCUCCAGUGUUUGUCAUGCGCAUGGUCUCCGAUUGCAGACACCUGGAGGUCCAGCUCUUGGCAGACAAGUCGGGGCGGUGCGUUUCGCUCGGAAGUCGGGACUGCUCAAUUCAGAGAAGAUGCCAAAAAAUCAUUGAAGAAGGCCCCGUCGUUGCAGCUCCUCCCGAGGUCGUUUCUCAAAUGGAGGACGCUGCCUGCCGGAUGGCCAUGGCGGUGGGGUAUGAGAAUGCGGGAACGUGUGAGUUUUUGUACGACCCCAAAACUCACCAGUUUGCGUUUUUGGAGGUGAACGCGCGCCUCCAAGUAGAGCACGUCGUCACAGAGUGCGUCGGGGACUUCAACCUCCCGGCGGCGCAGCUUCAGGUUGCGAUGGGGAUCCUGAUCGAUGACAUCCCAGAUAUCAAGGCCUACUUGGACUCGGCGGCCAGCAACAAGCCCGUUGGAAAACACAUCAUUGCAGCUCGGAUAACGGCGGAGCAUGCAGAAGAAUCCUUUCGACCGACGGUCGGCCUCGUGCACGAGCUCACGUUUCGCCCGUCGCGCUUCGUGUGGGGGUAUUUUUCGAUCGGCAGCAAGGGAAACAUCCACGCGUUCAACGACGCUCAGUUCGGACAUCUCUUCGCACACGGGAAGGACAGACGCGAAGCUGUCAAACACAUGGUGCUGGCGCUCAAGGACAUGACAAUCCGAGGGGAACUGAGAACGAAUGUAGAGGCUCUGAUCAAGAUUCUGGAACACCCUGACUUCGUAGCCAAUGAAACGCACACGACAUGGCUGGAGCAGAAAGUGAACUUUUCAAGUGACAGCAACGACGUGUCUCCAGUGCUGCUUCUCGGCGUUCUCCUCGCGGCGGUUUUUGAGUCCUACACUCACUUCAGAGAGUCUGAGGAGGCCUUUGUCAAACGCGUUGAGCAGGGUCAGCUGCCGCCAUCCAUUGCGGUGUCUUACGAAAGUUGCUUGGUUUACCGGUCGACCAAGUUCACGCUGCAGUGUACGUACGGCGGACAGAACACGGUGUGUGUGGCUUUGAACGACAGCAGCACGACAGUCCACAUUCGCAGAAUCACUUCCGCAGGCGCAGGCGGCUCGGGCGCUGAACAGCGAGACGGCGGCUUCCUCGUCCGCGGCGGGAUAGACGGGAAAAGCAGAAAGGUUUACUACAAAGAAGACAGCACUGGCCUGCGAGUUAGCUUCGACGGCACGACGUAUACGUUCACCAAGGAGAGCGACCCGACGCAGGUUCGCCCUCCUGUAAGUGGAAAGCUUGUCCGGUGGCUGGUGGCGAACGAGCAGCAAGUCGUCAAGGGACAGUCGUACGCAGAAAUCGAGAUCAUGAAGAUGUACAUGCAGCUCCACGUCGAGGCCAGUGGGAAGUUGAUGCACGCAAUGUCUGAGGGCGCCGUUUUCCAAGCGGGAGAUCUUUUGGCCACUCUCGAACUGCCCCCCGGAGUGACGGUACCGAAGGCGACGCCGUUUCAAGGAAGGUUUCCUUCGUCCACCUUGUCUACUUGCGAGGAACAUCCGCGAACAAGGAAGCUCGCGAAGCUCGCUCUGCAGCGAGAGGAGCACCAGCGGCGACAAAGGAUGCUGAAUCCUUUGCCGGCGUAUCGGACGAGCCGCGAACAGCUUGUAAAUGCUCUCGACGGCUAUCAGAUUCCACGAGCAGAUGAAGACGAGGCCAUUGCCUGCUUCUUCGAAUGCAUCCUCAACCCGAUGCUUCCUAUCUCGGAGGCCAAGGAAGUCCUCGCGGUCAUAGACUCGCAACUCCCUGAGCCGUUGACCAGCCGCCUCCGAAGCAUCUUGGCGGACGCAGAGGCCCGCGCCGUGGCGGCGUUUGGGCUCGACGAGGAGCCUGCAGCGCGUCUGUCGACCGCGAGUAUCUCCUCGCAGCCGCCGGCCGCGCCCAACGAGCGGCCACAGUCCCCGGCGCUGCCGCGCGGCGCGACGUCGGGCUCCAAGACCCACGAAGACAGCCGACAGCGGCUCAAACUCCGCAGCGACGGCUGCAGGGAUACUGGGCCAAAGCUGGAGGACCAGGACACAACUCCAGGCACUCCCGACGGGGCGCCGGCGCGGUUGAAAGGAGGCAGUGAGGUCUGUGGCGCCCGACCUGUGGAGAAGGCGUCCAAGGCGAGGACUCUGUCGCUCGCGUCUCACCUUCCCCCCUUCCUCUUCUCCUUCCCUCCGUUCGCCCUCGAACUCCCUGUUGACGAAUGCUUCGCAGCUGUCGAGAGACAACUCUCCCUACAGGCUGGCGAAGCCGCGACGGCCACCGAGGAGACAGAGGGUCCGCCGAAGGGAGAAGGCGGCGUGGAGACGCCCCACAGUCCGGCAGUUGUCUCCGAAUACGUGGGCGUAUGCGUGACUCGAGCCCAGUUGCAGCCUCUCUUUGACUGUUUGAGAAAGUACGACAGGGGUCUCAUCAUGGCGGCAGCGGAGGACAUCGCCAGGCUCUUGGAGAAGUACCUCGAGGUGGAAGAAUUAUUCGAAGACAGUCGCGAAGGGGCUGCGAAGAGCAUUUCGAUGAAGAGGACCGAAGUGGACUCGGCGGCACUGGCGUCUUUGCAGCGAAGCCACCAGGCUCUGAAGCGGAAGAAUCGGCUGUUGGCGCGUCUCUUCGAGUUCAUUCGCAAGUGUCCAGUGUGGCAAUCGCCCGUUUUCCUGCAACGGUACAUGCGUUCUUACUCGCACUUCAUGGAGUCUCUCCCGCACCUGCACGACUGUCUCCAGCGACUCUCGACGCUCGGGGGCGGGUCUCCCGAGUACUCGGCGGUGUCUCUGCCGGCGCGACAGCUGAUGCUGAUCAAGCGCCGAAAACCGCUCGAAGAGCAGGUUCGCCAUGUGAUCCACCGAAUCGCGCAACUGGCGAACUGCGCCAGACUCGCUGUGAGCCCGACGUCGCCGCUGCCCUCGUCCUCGGCCGCCGCCGCCGCAGCCGCCGCUGCAGUCGCCGCGAGUGCCGCCGCCUCAGCAGCAGCCGCCGCCGCGAGUGCCGCCGCGGCAGCCGCGACCGCGGCAGGCCCUGGAGCCGGUGCGGGUGUUGUGGGCGCAGGGGCCGGUGGUGUGGGCGCAGGGGCGGGCGUUGUGGGGGGGGCAGGCGCAUGCCCUGGAGCUGGGUGCUCGAGCCUGAACGCCGUGGGGGCCUGCCGGAGUCGCCUCGCCGCGGCGGCUGCGGCGGCGGCGGCGGCCACGGCUGCAGUAGCGACUUUGAGCGGCCCUUCGUCGCCAGUCUUGUUGCCGGCGCGACAGCCCCUGGGCGUCGCGACGCCUUCAGGGAGAGCGCAGCUGCUGUUUUCGGGGACGGGGGCGAGUCCUGUCGCCGGCGGCGGCUGCUUCUUCGGAAGUCUCGAGGAGUUACUCUGGGACUUCGAGGGAUGCCCCGACAACGUACUCAUGUGCCUCUUCCUGCAUGCAAACGACGAACUCAAAAGAUGUGCUCUACAGCUCUACAUCAGUCGGCACUACGGUCGCCACGGCCUCCACGAAAUGCGGAUUCAUACCUCAGGGGAGGUGUGGGAAGGUGCCUACGGCCUUCUCGACGAGCUGAGUCAAGAGAAGCCGGCUGGCGCUGCACUGCUGUCUUCGUCUCGGCCCUCGCCUUCGAAGAUGGACGACUCCGCUCUGCCUUCGUCGUGCUCGCACCUGCCAGCCCAGCCACCGGGAGUCUCCAGUCCCGGGGAAGCGCAGACAAGCGCCCCGCUUUUUGGGUCCUUCGCGGGCGAAGCGGAGACUCCGACCUGCGCCUCCUUCGGCUCCUGGAGUCUCUGGGGCGGCCCUGAGGUGUUCGUACAGCGGGCGAACCCGCUGCUCGCUGUGUGGACGCACCACGCCGUCCUCACGCAGGAGUUCCUCACCGAGGCACUCGAUCAAAUCAAGCCGGCGCCGCAGACUUGCAGCUCUGCAGCCGCGAGCCCCGUACCGCCUUCCCGCCAAGUCUCCUUCAGCCACGCCGAGAAGGCGGAGCGAAAGAGUGUUGGCUUUUCGAGUGUGGGCAGCGAGGCCCGACAGCCCUCGAGUGUCUCCGAGGUCGAAGAGAUGAGCCGGGAGCCAAGGGAGUUGGCUGCCACGCUGUUUCGCCGUGUCUCUUCGACCGUCGACCUCGCGUCGUCAUGCCCUUCCACGUGCUCGUUCGCCAAGAAAGAGGAAGGCCGCCACACACUGUCUCCCUUCCUCUCGCACUCCUCGUCCUCGCUGUACUCGCCUGUCUCCGUCUCCGCGCCUCCCGCGGGCCUGUGGCCGGCGCCCGACGGCGCAGCGGCCGCGGGUCCGCCUCGGGCCUCUUCGGGCGAGAGCGCGACAGCAGAGACUUUGGGCGCCGCCUCCGCGGCUUCGCCUAUGCGAGGCGAGGGGAGGCAGUUCGAGGACGUGGAGGUUGUCGAUGGAGGCGAAGUCUGGGAAGCUCUCGGGAGCGCCAGCAAGAGUCGGCUGCGUCACAUUCUCACCUGCUUUGGAGGCGGAGAAAACGACGAGACUGGACGCAUCGCUCGCUCUCAACAAACCGUCGCCAUGGUCUUCGACAGCAUCCGUAGUCUUGAAAACGACUUCGUCGAACGCCUCGUCGAGUACGGACGCAUCAGUCGUGCGAUGCCGCCGCCACCCCCAACUGUCGACGGCAAAAUUCUUCAGCUUUUCAUUCUCGAUCUCGGCGGCCCAGCGAAUGCGGCGGCGAACAAGGAGGCGCACUGCUGCACGGUGAUCGGUCACUUGUUGAACGAGACCGCGUCGCUGCUGCAGAGCUGCAACCUUCACUUGGUCGCAGUCACGCUUUUGUCUUCUUCUUCGCCCCUCUCGCCGGCGAUCUGCGGCUCCUCUUCUUUCCAGUUAGCCUCCGCCUCAUCGACGCCCGUCUCGACCUCCAAGUCUCCGCAUAUUGUGGAGUCCAAGGCGCCGACGAACGGUCCCUCUGGCGGGCCUGUGGGCGCGGGGUCGGACGGGGGCCCUGUGGGGAGUCUCUCCUCGUUGCCGUCGUCCGUGUUGUCUGCGUUUCUGCGAGAGCAUUUCUCGGAGAAUCCGGGAGAGAGUUCCGAAGAGACAGAAACGCCGCGCUUCUUCUACUUCAGAAACAGCUACCGACUGCCCACGCCUGAGGUUCUCGCCGCACGAGCUUCGGGGAGCUCCCAGUCCGCCAGUCCGCCGAACUCGACGAGUUCCACGCCGUCGCGGGCCUCUUCGCCUGCGCCGGGGGUCCGCGAAGAGCCUCGGACCCGCGGCGGGGAGAAGGGGGCCGCGGUGCUGGUCAAAGCUCUGGCGAUCGCGUCCUCGGAGAACAGUCAGGAGGCGGCGAACCGCGACCUCGACAAGGCCCCGGCACGGAGCGCAUUUCCGGCGCCCGCGGCGCGGCUCGUUCGGCCCCUGCCGCCGUUGAGCUGUCCGUCGGCCGCGCAGUCCCAGUUCCUCCCCUGCUUCGUGGAAGAAGACUUAAUCCGAAACACAAGUCACGCGCAGUUCAGCUUGCUCGAGCUCUCUCGCUUCCUCCCGCACUUUUACGUCCGCUUCAUUCCGACCUCCGUCCCCGACGUCCACGUCUUCAAGGCAGUCCCCAAACCCAGCGGGUCGAGUGGGCCAGGAGCCCCCGCGGGGUCCCCACAGGCCCCCGAGAAGCGGCUUCCAGCCCCCGCUGCUGCCACAGGCGCCCGGACCCAGGCCGCCCCUCGCCAGAGUCGUGGAGGAGGCAGCAGGUACUUUGUCCGGAUCCUCGUCUCCGUCGUCACGGGGGGCACCGCCGGCGGGCGGAGCCGCGGAAAGGAGACACCUGGCGAGGCCCGUGACCGCAACGCCGAGCAAGACGAGUUGGACGACAUCCUCUCUGAGCAGGAGCGUCGCUUCGUCUGCGGGUUGAACGCACUGGAAGUUGCAUGCAAGUCGGGGGACGUGGACGCGAUGGCGGGCAACCACCUGCUGCUCUCAACCACCAUUCUCUUCCCCGCCGCGGUCUCCGGGCCAGCGACCGCCGCUCGCCCUCACCGGCCCCGCCCCGCCUCCACGGGCUCCGUGGGCCCCGCGCCCAACCAGCUCUGCACCCCCACCGCCGUCGUCCACCGCGUCGCCCCAGGGGCGCUGGAGGCGGCUGCGCGCAAACUGAUGAAUCAAUACGAGCGCAGACUCGCGAAAAUGAACGUGAAGAAGGUGGAGUUGCGCUACAUGCAACGAAGCAUUGCAGGGAGCGAAGGGCCCUGUGUGCCGCUGCGUUUGGUGGUGGACAAUCCGACGGGUCAGUCGCUGCGCAUUCGCAAGUUCCUCGAAGUGACGAAUCCGACGACGGGGGAACAGGUUUUCUCGGCUCUGGACAACCGCGGGGCUCUGUCUCUGAGUGGCGCAUGCUCGAGUUUUUCUCUCCACUCGUCGCUCUCCAUCCCGGGGGGCCCCAGGCCUGCCCGCGACGCAACCUCUCACGCGCCCCGGUGCAUUUCGGUGAAACUCGGCGACGACAGUGACUUCGAUGGACGACCUGUCAGCGUCCCUCACCCACUGCCCAGUGCCCUCGACGUUCGCCGCGCCCAGGCCUUCACUGUCUCCACCGUUUUCAUUUACGACUUCCUGGACCUGUUCGAAGAGGCGAUUCGCAAACAGUGGAGAAUGUGCCCCAAAUAUUUCCUGCCAGCCAUCGUCGAAAACACGACGGCUCUGGGAGGCGGCCGCAGCAGCUCGGGUCACAGCGCAAACGCGGACAACAGCACAGCAAAGUCUUUUCUGCCGGAGCGAGUCUUUGAAGCCACAGAGCUGCGGCUGAAUCGCAAGGGUGAACUCGAAGAAGUCCAGAGAGAAAAAGGCCUCAACGAGUGUGGAAUGGUGGCCUGGCGCGUGACGAUGCACACCCCAGAGUUCCCUAAAGGGCGUCGCGUCAUUCUGAUAGGCAACGACGUCACCUUUCAGAUGGGAACAUUCGGUGUGACGGAAGACCUGCUUUUCCAACGCGCUUCCGAGAUAGCCAGAAAAGAGGGCAUUCCACGGAUUUACAUUGCAGUGAACAGCGGCGCGCGCAUGGGACUGGCGAACGAAGUUUUGAAGCUCUUCCAGGUCGAGUGGAUCGACGAGACGCAGCCGCACCGUGGCUUCAAGUACCUUUACGUCACCGAAAAAGAUUACCAGCAACUCAUGCAAACGGAUUCCAUCGUUGCAGAACCUGUUCAACAUCCUGUCGAGGGAACCGUGUAUAAAAUAACGACUAUUGUCGGGGCUCAAAUUGGUCUGGGGGUGGAGAAUCUUUGCGGAAGUGGAGCCAUCGCUGGAGAAACAGCUCGCGCAUACAAAAGCACCUUCACCAUCACUUUCUGCUCCGGGCGGUCGGUGGGUAUCGGAGCCUACUUGACCCGUCUAGGUCAGCGAGUCAUCCAGAAGUCAGUGAACGCGCCACUCUUGCUGACAGGCUACCAAGCACUGAAUCGCCUUAUAGGCCGCGACGUGUAUUCUUCGAACGACGAAAUCGGAGGCAUUGACGUCAUGCACAAAAAUGGCAUCUCUCACCUCACUGUCAAAGAUGACAUUGAAGGCUGCGAGGCGAUUCUCGACUGGCUCUCGUAUGUCCCUGAACACCGCGAAGGACCUCUUCCCAUCAUGGUCGACCCCACAGAUCCUGUCUCCAGGCCUGUGGCGUACAAGCCUGCGCGUGCGACGGAGGAUCCGCGCCUCAUGUUCACGGGCUGCAUCGACCCUCAAGGCAACUGGCUAGGUGGCGUCUUUGACCGAGGCUCGUAUCGGGAAGCGAUGGCGGACUGGGCUCGCUCGGUCAUCAUUGGUCGAGCUCGGCUUGGCGGCAUUCCUGUUGGGGUUGUCGCUGUGGAGACGCGGGUGACAGAGGCGAAGCAGCCGGCAGACCCAGCGAUGCCUCAUACUUCUGAAAUUCUUCUCACUCGGGCAGGCCAAGUCUGGUUCCCUGAUAGCGCGUAUAAAACUGCGCAAGCGAUCUGGGACUUCAACCAGGAAGAGCUUCCGCUGUUCAUCUUCGCGAACUGGCGAGGCUUCUCGGGCGGCCAGAGAGACAUGUUCAACGAAAUUUUAAAGUUUGGUGCAUACAUCGUCGAUGCCUUGGUGGACUACAAACAACCUUGCUUCGUGUACAUUCCUCCCAAAGGCGAGCUUCGAGGAGGGUCCUGGGUUGUGGUGGACAGUCGCCUGAACGCAGAGCACAUGGAGAUGUACGCAGACACGGAGAGCAGAGGAGGUGUGAUGGAACCGAGCGGCACAGUCGAAAUCAAAUUCAGAGACAAAAUGCUCAUUGAAACGAUGCGGCGGCUGGACCGAGUCACGAAACAACUUGAAAAGGAGGACGCGAAGCUUGCCAGUGAGGGUCUUCCCAUCGACGCGCCUCGUCGCCAAGAAAUCAAGGAGAAGAAGGAGAAGCGAAUUCAAGAUCUCCUUCCUGUCUACAAGCAGGUCGCGAUCCACUUCGCAGAUAUGCAUGACACAGCGACGCGCAUGAAGAAGCGGGAUGCGGUGCACGACGUAGUGAUGUGGGAAAAGAGUCGAAACUAUUUCUACUGGCGUCUGCGGAGACAGUUGAUUCUCUUCAACUUGCGGAAAGAGAUCACGAUUGCAGACCCAACCUUGAGCCUUAUUCAGGCCCAGAAUCUGGUCUUCAAGUGGGCUGAGGAAGCCGGACACAACGUUGACGGAAACUAUCAAUUUGUUCAGUGGGCCUGCCACAGUAUUUCCUUUUUUGCGAGCAAGCUGGCGGCGUUGCAUGCGGCCCAUCAAAUGCGGAACCUUCAUGGCUUCGCGCACGACAACCCUACCGCGUUUUUGGAGAUUCUCCGACGUCUCGAUCCCAACUUGUAUCACCGCCUCGAGUUUGUCAGCGCGGUGUCGGAACAGACGCAGAGCAGUUCAAGCACGCAAAGAUCGAUGGCCGCUCUGUCGUUGAUCACGAAACCGAAUGCGCCCGGCGACAACACUGGAGAACCAGCAGACGGUCUUCCCGCGAGUCACCUUCUUUGAGGAGUUUUCAUAGGGCACGCACAUGCGCACCUACGCAGACACAUGUUUCUCUCUGCUUUCCGCACUCUCACUCCUGUUUUUGUUUAAGCAUUUAGACAUACGCAUAUCUACGCUGUCGCUGCGUUGCUUACUGACACACAUCACUUGGAGCCAUACUACACGCUUGUCGCUAUGAUCCUUGCGGUAGUGGUGAGCGUGGCGGGACGCCAGCGCCUGUAAACGAAGGAAUGAAUGUUUUGGAGUUCACGGUCGCUUUCCGGUCACACCUGGCGUCUACAGCCUUCCUCGUCGAGUGAACAGUGUUGCAGUAGUCGCAGGUGCUGUGGCACGAAACGGCGGAUGCUCCUAGUUCGUGACAUGUGCACUGCUUGAAACUACGUUCCCCUUUGGGAAUUUCGUCCGACAUUUCGGGGGACGCCGAUCUCCGGGCCAGUCCAUUUUAUUGAAGCCUUCACAGGCGCAAUGUGUGCACGUUCAAGAAUAGCGCAGCCGUAUUUGUAUGUGCAUGUGUACAUCUGUCCAUCCGCUUCUGGUGUUUUGGUGUGCGUCCUUGUGGGUGUCGAGAAAUGAGACAAGAACGCAACUGUUUGUCCCGGUGUUUGUUUUGUGUACCAUGCACACUGUAAAUUCGGCGAGUGCGAGCCACGCACGCCCACCAGCGUUCAGCCGUGAGGAGAUUUGGUGUGUGAAAGGACCAGGCGAAUGUCUCAGCGUGCCUCGUGUACGAUACACAUUGCGAUCCGUUUUUUCUGUUAGGGAACGCCGCACUGAAUCCUUCAGAGCGGCGAGAGAAGUGGAGCGACAGCCGUCCUUGGCAUUUUUUUCGUUUUUCCUGUGUCGAGGACCGGGAGAAGCUCCGUGGGGAAGGGUGUCUUCCGUGUGUAGUGUUUCCUCUUAUUGGGUGGCCAUCCCAGAGAAUCGCUGGGGAAAAGUGUGAACAACUGCGAGUUGUUUGUUUUUCUUCGCGCCGGGUCUAUUUAUCCGGUGAACGUCUUGUGGACUCCGUUUGAGGGGCGUCUCAUCACAGGUGUUUGUAGACGGUGGCCAGGUGCGAACAGCCGUCCCCCUAGCAGACAGACUCGUUUGUGCACCGUGUUGAACAGUGAUAAAUGUGUUCACUCUGCUCGCGCCCUAAGGUCGACACGGUGGAAUGCUUAGUCUACGAGUGCGUUCGCGGCUGGCCUCGAUCGAGGCUUCCAUUUGAACAUUCAGAAGCGUAGAACGUCCAUCACGCCAGACACAAGAAAUCUUGUCGGUGACGUUGUUCAGCGGCAGUGCUUUGAAAUACUACAGCUCGAAUACGAACUAUAGGUGCAUACAGUAACAGACUUGGCCGAUAUGCAUUCGUCAGAAGGGAGGCAAGCAUCUAAUCUGUUUUUUUUUUCGGAGAAGGGAACUAGCAAUGCAAAAGGAGCAAAGCGUGUAAUUCAGUGAAUCGAUAAGAGGUCGUGGGCACGGCUCGUCGCUUGCGUUGUUUCGCCGUUUCUGUUCCAGCUCGCCCUGAGCUGAGAAGCAGGCACACCGGUCCUUUGAUACCCAACUAUGUAAAGUUCACAGAUGCUGUUUUCUACGUUCCGAUACAAUACGUCGGCUGAGGAGCGGGAUUCCUUGCUUUGUAAGCAUUGGCUUUUGUGGCAACCCGUCCAAGAACUGAUUCGCUGGUGGGUUCAGUGUCCAUGACUACCUGGG